UUUAGUCAUUUUAUUUCAGCUGCUUUUUCACAUGUAAAAAAUUGUAUAACACAAAACUUCAGUAACAAAAAUUGGUGCACAGGUUUGAAUUUUGUUAAUUGUCUCCAAUCCAGACAGGAACAACAUGAAACCUAAAUGCACAAAAAAUUGCUGCUCAUCAUAAAUCAUAAGAGCUAAAGGAAUAUAAAUGUGGAGGAAAAAAAAUAUCCUUUUAUUUGUCAAAUAAACAAAAAUGUUUCUCUUCUCAAUAAGCAGCAAACCAUUAUCAGCAUUACAGAAACAUUCUUAUAACUCCAGAUCAGCUUUAUGCAUUUUUCCACAGACAAAUUAUCUUUGCUGAUGAGCUUUGAGGUCUCCUAAUCCACAAAUCUCCUAAUCCACAAAUUCUGUCAGAUUCAAAAAGAUUGAUAUUACUUCCCAUUAGAGGAAAAACAUUGGUCAAAUUAAAAUAUUACUUCAAAUCUAAAUCUGCCAGAGAUAUAAAUUGUUUUGACGUUAAGUUCACAUACAAACAUCUGGAUUGGUAUACAUCAGGAAUUUGCAGAGAACAUACUUUUGGUGGCCAGCAAAAAACAUCUAACAUAAUUCUGACUGAAUGUGUGACCAUCCUUCUUGACAGAAACGGUAGAUAUUAGUUAAUUUUCUGGCAUCAACUGGCUUUUAAAAAUAAUCCACAAAUUUUGAAUUGGGCUGAGGUCAGUAGCAAUCAGAUUCUUCUCUUGUUUAGAUUUGUUUGAGAUGAUUUUUCAUAAUCUUUUAGUGAAAGAAAGACUGCUUUUGUUGAGCGAGAGAGUAUGAUGGAGUUGUGGCAAUGAGCAGUAAUGCUGUGUAGUCAACUGAUUAAGGGAGAGAUAAAGUGGAGCAUCACCCCUCCCUCCUGCUCUUGGCAGCUGAUGUCAAGACUGUGUUGCUAUGGGCAACGGUCCGGGCAAGAAAGAGGAAAAUGGAGACACCACCUGGUGUGCAGGAUGGCAACAGAGAGGCUGAGAGAACAGAAGGGAAGAAACAUCAUGUCAGAAGGACACUGAAGUCAGAUUCUGAAAGCGGAGCUCAGGAUGAUGACGAGGGAGAGUCAGACGGAGGACACUCAGCCUGCCAGCAUCAGCAGCCGGGAGGAAGGCUGGCCAAUCACCAACUGACAUGCUCAGAAAUUCAGGAGCCAAUGAAAUGCCAGCAGGCGCCCUCCACAGCACAACAACUCGGACGCAGAAGCUGCACAAUCUGAGCUCGGAUGUCUUAUUAAUGAAUGGAGCGCUUCCUGGGCUGCAUCGCUGCACGUCUCUGCUGCUCUUUCACCUGAAACGGGAGGAUGGAGAGGAAAAUCAGCAAAGAUGGAGGGAAAAACGGUACUAAGGCUGUGAGAGGACGGAGAACAAACCCAGAGAGCCCCGAUGAAGGCUCCGCUGAGGACGUGGCAGCAGCUUUUAAAGGGACGGACUCCAAUCCUGAUCUCCACCUGCCGGACUCAUCGUCCCCAUCACCGUCCUCCUCCUCCCCUCUUCCUCAGCCCGCCAUGCCUCCUUCCGUUUCUGCCUCUGCUCUCCUGGCUCUGGCGUCUCCAGCAACCAGGCGGUCCAUCUCCAUGGGAGACUUUCGGAGGGUAACGGGGGCUCUCCUGGCCGGUUCCGAUCCCCCGUCCACUUCUGCCACGGCCCCCUCCUCCAAACUGGUCACCCCCAGCUCCAGUAUGGAGUUCGAGGCGGCCCGGCGGCGCCUGCUGGAGGUGGAGGAGCGGCAGCGGGUCAUCAGGGAGAUGGAGCGGCGGCUGGAGGAGCUCAGGGAGAUGUUCGUGCGCUCCGAGCAGCAGGUGGUGGUUCACGGGGAGCUGGUGUCGCGGAUAACCGGUGCGGCCCAGCAGGGUGAGCUGUACGUGGCGGAGAACACCCAGCGGGUGAAGAAAGGCUUGAAGUUCAAGAAGCAUCGACCUGCCAUCGUGUUUUCCUCCAUGCUCGGACUGCGCACGUGCCUCCCCUGGCCUGUGAAGCUCAAAUAGGACGUCAGAUACAUACAUUUCACCCAUAACAUUAGAAAUGUGCUUUACAUUAAAUAGUGAGGGGUGGAGCUCCAUCCCUUAGCUCUCAGUGACACGGCUGCUCUCCAGUUACAACCUUACUGCUCUUGAAUCCUGAGGCUGGUCCUUCAGGGGUUAGAGUGCCUAAAUAUCACAGAGGCCAGUAAGGAGCUUCCGGUUUAGCAGAUUUCUGGGGAAAAGCUCCCUGGCUAGCUGGCAGCAGCGCAUUGUGUACAGGAUGUUGUUGUGUCCUAGUUGUUCUCACAGAUUAUUUGCCGCUUGCAGUAAUUGUUAGCGCUUGCUUUUGAGAGAUUCAUGUCAAAUUCAUGAUGCACAGAUGAGUCAGGGGGAUGUGGGAGGUGAGCUUCACUCUGCUCUCUUAUCAGGAGGUUCUGCUGCACUUUAACUUCUGCAGCAGUGAGGAGGCUUAUGUAAGCUUAUUGAAGAAGGGGCAACACAACAGUGUAGAUCACUGAACUAUCUGCCUCUGCAGCUCAUUAAGGGCGAAGUGAAGGACAGGAAGGUAAGAUGAGACGUUUGCUGCACUGUUACAUAAAACCUAUGCAGACAGAUGCAGAAAUAGAAAAUGUAAUUGUGGGAAAUGACUGAAAAAAUGUGCCUUGGCCUCUCUGAGACAGCCCAUCCCACUGUCAUAGCAGCAUUAAGAAAAGACAGAUAAUAGGGGGAAAAAUCAUGCUGGGACACUUCCACCUGUGGCCUCUUUUUAUUCUGUCACCUAGCAACCAUUUAUCCUUCCAUCCUAAAUCCUCUUCCACAAAAAAUGCAGAAUGUAUCCAACUGAGAGCUCUGAUUACAUUACUGUGGCAGGGAUUUAGUAAAACAAAUGAUAAACAUCAAGAUGUAUUAUUAUUAUUAUUAUUAUUAUUAUUAUUAUUAUUAUUAUUAUUAUUAUUAUUAUUAUUAUUAUUAUUAUUAUUACUGCUUCUGAUGACGGGGUUAAAUUUGAGUUACUCACACAUGCAUCAGCUUGUAAAUCUUAGCUAUGCUAUCUCUGCUGUCUUAAUGAAGAACAAGACGAUGUUAUGAGCUACAGGUUUGCUUCUUAGAACGCAAAUGUAACUUUAAGUGCACAAAGACCUCAUUCAUAUGGAAUUGUAGUGGUAAUUGACCAAUUUAUUCAAGUGUUUAUUUACAUCAUGUUGCAGCAUUAUCUAUUAAGCACAACACAUUUGUCCCAUAAUAUAUUUUUUAUUUCUAUGUAUGUUUUUGUGUUUGGAUUAAUAGUGAUUGACCUUUUGCAUUGUGCUUCUCUCCUUUGAUCUGCACAGGUAUUACUUACAUCAGGGAUGUCUCGUUUGGGCAUUAACAGGUUAUGGUAGUGAUCCACACUCAGUUUAGAUUCACUGUUUGUUCUUCAGGGUAAAAUGUCCUGACAACCCUUUUUUCUACAGCAACACAACCCCUGAUGGUGCUUUGUUACGAAGAACCAGCAGCCAGACUGCACAACAGGGAGACACAAGCUUUGAUUGUAUCAUCACUUUCACUAAAUGAUUCAUACCGUUUGUGAUUUUUCCUUUUUUUUUUUUUUUUUUUUUUUGCUUGCUUGCACAGAUUUAAUGGAUGUAUUAGAAGCAUCCACUGUAUGUACUUUUAUAGAGGUAAGAAUAACAGAGGAAGACACUAAUGGGAGACCAGGCUGCCUGUGUUUGAAAAAAUGCAUUUAUAAGAAAACUAUGAUGCAUUUAAAGGAUGUGAAGACUCACUACAUGAGGCUGGUUCACUUCAGUUUGAGCUUUAUUUGGGUCAUUGCUAAUUUUGACUUGAAGGGCUUAAAAAUGAAGUUUGUCCGUGUUGCUUGGAAACACUUAAAGGAGCACUCUAUCAAAUAGUUUGUCAAACAGUUUAUUCACAUUGUGGAUCUGAGACUUUUUCAGAACAACAUUAAAAGAUACAAGUAUUUCCAUACUGACUGACAUUUUAAAACAAUGACACAGCAGAAUUUUGUACUUAUUUUAGUUGGUUAUGUGUUUUAUGACGACAAAAACAGAUACUGCAUCCCAGCCAACAUGUGCAUGUCUGCCUCAUAUGGGUUUUACUUUAGUUAGAUCGACCUUUUAAAUACAAUUUUAUUGGCAAUCCUGUUGGAUACGCUAUGCAUGCUGUCGCUUAGUCCAAAAUGAAUAUAAAGAAAAUCAAUUAUCCAGGUCUCACAUGGGUCCUACUUUUCCCCCCAGAAUUGUCUUAUCUAAACCUAUUUCAGCAUUUCUCUGUAACCUGUGAGAAAUCUUAUCUGGCAACCCAGAUCCCAUUCAAAUACUUACUGGGAUGUUUGGCUGAAAAUGUUUUUCACUGUUAGUUGCAGUGAUGAACAUUUUGACACAUUGUUAGAGAGGAUCUUCAAUUCAUGAUAGAAUACAUGAAAUGGAAAGAAGUACAUAGUUGUUCUCAUUGAACACGACGUUUAGAUUAUCCUUUUGUUUUUCCAAAUUGUAACUAGAAAACGGUUAUUUUGGGACUGGAACCAUCCACCGAUCUGUGUGUUGACUUCAGAGGUAAACGAGUAGCCUGGCUGUCCUCUUUAGUUUAAACCGGGAAGUUACUCAUAUUCUCCACUGCACUUCACUUUUCUAUGUGAAGCAAAGACUACAUUAGAGAGAAUUUAAAAUUUACCAGUGUUACUUGUGGUUUUAGCCUGAGAACUGUUGAGGAAUAGCUGGAGUGCCUCUUCAUUCAAAGAAACUUGGUCAAACCAAAGGUUUCUCUUGACCUGAUAGCCACGACGUCUUUCUCCUUGAAUGUUGAUUAACGCCAUUUAGCUAAGCACUGUACAUGCCCAAAGUAAAAAAAAAAAAAAGAUGCUUUCUGGUUUUGUGCACAUCUAUACCAAACAUUAUUGUAGAAAGAUUUUAUUUAAUAAAGAAGUCUGAAACAUGUAUUUAUGCUCCUGUAUAUAUAGAGCUACCUGUACAUACCGUUAGCCUGAUUUGCUGUUAGAGAUAUUUCUGUUUUGGUGUUUACAGAAAGGAUGGUACUGACACAAACAACCGGACAACAUUUACAUAUGGGCCCCAUAUGGGUAGAAAUUGAGUGAAGAAUGGGUCAAAGAUGGGGUUGUAUCUAGGUUACACACUGACUUCAUUUUAAUGUUUUGCUGCAGAAGAAUAUUGGAACCUAUGUGGAUUUUCUUUAUGAGACCCAGUUAGUCCCACAUGAGGUUCCUGAAUUUUGUGGCCUCUGUGGGUUGGUUCCAAGUGGGUUCAGACUCACAACUCAGUCUAAGCAAUCUUUCUAUGGGGCCCACAUAUGCAUGUUGACUGGGAACCAUUUUUCUUACCUGAGUGGCUAAAUAACUCAGCCAUUCUCUGCUGUGGAACUGCACUUUUUAUUUUCUGAAUGGAAAGAAAACAAAACAAAACACAUUAUCCAAAGAUCUCUGGGCCCACUUGCAGAAUGAAUGUAAUGUUGAUUGUUGGGUGUUUCUGUAUUUUUUUCUGAACACUGGAAAUGGAAAUAUUAGCAUAAUAUUUCCAUUUUGAACCUGUGGCUAGCAUUUACUUUGAUAAAUUUGGAAACUGUUACCACAGCUCUAUCUCAUUUAGCCCUUUACUUCACAACACUGACUAGCCACAGGCUCAAAACCACCUUUAUGAUGUUUAACACUGGAACGUUUGAAUAAUUCAUGUUUACUUAUACCAGUUAUUUGUUGCUUUACAAUUUGUAUGAUAUUCUUAUGGUAUGUUUAAAAGCUAUAGUUUUUUUCCUCAGUUAUUAUUGACCAAGUGAGUACAAUUAGAGCUUCACACUUCAGCAUCAUCUGUUUUUGAUGAAAAAAGCUUUAUGAUAAAACGUUAAUUCAUGUUCUGCUUUGGGUUCCUGCUUUGUUUAGUUUGCAACUAUACAUUUCUGCACAACACUAGACAAUUAUUAAAAGACUCCUCUCAAGCUCA